ACUACAGACAUAGUAUAGGAGAUGACCAGAGACUGCGGACACAGUACAGGAGAUGACCAGAGACUGCGGACAUAGUACAGGAGAUGACCAGAGACUGCGGACAUAGUACAGGAGAUGACCAGAGACUGCGGACACAGUACAGGAGAUGACCAGAGACUGCGGACACAGUACAGGAGAUGGACCAGAGACUGCGGACAUAGUACAGGAGAUGACCAGAGACUGCGGACACAGUACAGGAGAUGACCAGAGACUGCGGACACAGUACAGGAGAUGGACCAGAGACUGCGGACAUAGUACAGGAGAUGGACCAGAGACUGCGGACACAGUACAGGAGAUGACCAGAGACUGCGGA